GGGAUGAUAUCUUCCAUGGUCCUUCUCACACUUCAUGUUUGCCUCACAGGGUCUUCAGCAUUCUAUGUAGUCUUAUCUGCAGAAACCGUGUGGUCAAUAUCUGGUCUUAUAAAAGAGCAAGCAGGUCUCAGAAGGGGUCGCAAGCACCACAUCAGUCUCUUCACCCACGCAGUCAAUGUCUCUACCAAGCCUAACCGUUUCCCCGGGGAACCCCGUCACUGAGCAGCACCUUGACACUAUAUUGACAAAACUGGGACAAAAUUUAAGGCCGAACGAGAGAACUGACUAUCUGGUGCUUCUGAAGGCAUUCCACGACGUGACAGAAUCUGUCGCCAAGUUGCCUGAUUAUGAGCCCCCGACAGACCUCGAACGUUUUCCUCGAAAGGACAUUCACUUCUUGAAAUCCGAAGAUAACAAACUUGGCGCUUGGGCAUGGAAAUUCACAGCCAAAGAUACUCGACCUAAUGGAGGCAUACUAUCAGGCAAGACAGUUGUCAUGAAAGAUAACAUAUCCGUCGCCGGAGUGAACUGUCUGCUUGGCACAGACGCAAUGACUGGCUUUGUACCCACCGCAGACGCCACUGUGGUGACGCGAACCUUAGAAUCAGGAGGUACCAUUCUAGGGAAAGCCGUGUGCGAAAAUCUUUCCAUGGCGGGAACCUCGUUCACUGCUGCCACGGGUCCAGUCCAUAAUCUUUAUGCUAGAGGAUAUUCCGCUGGCGGGAGCUCCAGCGGUUGCGGUGCUUUGGUUGCAUCGUGUGCUGUUGAUAUGGCCAUUGGUGGCGAUCAGGGUGGCAGCAUUAGGCUUCCCGCAAGCUGGUGCGGCAUAUACGGUCUAAAACCCACACAAGGGCUCAUACCAUACACGGGAAUUGCAUCCCUUGAAACCACGAUGGAUCAUACCGGACCAAUGACACGGACAUGUUUCGAUAACGCACUUCUCCUCAAAGCGCUCGCAGGCAAGGAUAACAUCGAUGACCGAUGUAUCGCUACUCCUCCCCCUUCAGAAAUACCCGACUAUCCUGCAAUCCUAGACGAAGUGAAAGGAACCGCAAAUCCUCUAGAAGGCUUCAAAAUAGGUUUACUAACAGAGGGCUUUUCUGACAUACCAUGCGAGCAAGGUGCCAUGAAUGACGCUCGAGUAUCUAGGAAGGUCAGGGAUGCCGCAGACAAGUGGAAGGAAAUAGGAGCGAGUGUCGAAGAUGUGUCUAUACCGAUGCACGCCCUUUCUAUGGAUUUAUGGCUCAUGAUCGUGCGCAUGGGGUGUGUUCCUGGUCUUAUGGGAGGUGUAAUCGGACGCCAAGGGUUCUACCAGAAUCAACUGACGACUAAGAUGAGUGCUUUGCGCACUCCAGAAGGAUGGGACAAGUUGCCAUUUACAGCAAAAAACAUGGUUUUGAACGGCGUUUAUAUGCAAGAGUAUUGUCCAGAGCUUUACGGAAAAGCCACCAACCUGAUUCGACUUCUGCGAGAAAAAUACGAUGAAGCGCUGAACCACUUUGAUGUGCUCGUUAUGCCUACGACGCCAUAUCUCGCUACCUCUCACGCUGUGCCGGAUGCAACUGUAUUGGCAAAGGUUUCCAAGGGACUUGGCCAAACAAUGAACACUUGCUCGUUCGAUGUCACUGGCCAUCCAGCGCUAUCAAUGCCCAUCGGUAUGCUGCCAUCACUCGAUGACUCAAGUAUCAACCUUCCAGUUGGCUUACAGAUCGUAAGCAAACAUUUCCAGGAGAGUAGGAUUUACAAGGCGGCAUUCGCAUGGGAGAAUGAAUAUCCAAAUUGGAAAGAUUGCUGAGCAGCUAGUGCAUGUAAUAGUACAACUAGUGUUACAAAUCGUUCACUUGGAUAGAAAUUUAGUG